AGACGGCACCUAGGAACUAUUCUGUGAUUGUGAUGUUGACAGCUCUACAGGCACAGAGACAGUGCUCAGUGUGUAGGCAGGCAAACGAGGAGUAUACCAUCCUGGCCAACUCUUGGCGCUAUUCCCAGCAGUUCUCCAACAAACUCUUCUUUGCUCUGGUUGACUAUGAUGAGGGACCAGAUGUGUUCCAGAAUUUGAAGCUGAACACUGCCCCUGUGUUUAUGCACUUCCCUCCUAAGGGCAAACCCAAGAAGGGAGACUCUCUAGACAUAAACAGGGUCGGUUUUGCUGCAGAACAGAUAGCAAGAUGGGUCGGUGAAAGAACAGAUAUACAGAUCCGUGUAUUCCGUCCUCCGAACUACUCAGGUACCCUGGCCUUGGCCCUCCUCUUCUCUCUCAUCGGAGGACUGCUGUACCUGAAGCGCAACAACCUUGAGUUCCUGUACAACAAAACAUCAUGGGGAAUUGGAGCAUUGGCUGUGAUAUUUGCCAUGACAUCGGGACAGAUGUGGAACCACAUCCGUGGCCCUCCUCUCAUGCACCGCAACCCUCACACUGGAGCCAUGUUUUCCUGGAAGCACUACAUCCACGGCAGCAGCCAAGGCCAGUUCAUCAUGGAGACGUACAUCGUUAUGCUUCUCAACACUGCUGUUGUGUUCGGCUUCAUCCUGAUGAACGAAGCUCACUCUCUCAAGGGGGACCCUGGGAAGAAGAGGAUUUUGGCUCUGGUCGGUCUAGGGUGUGUGGCAAUAUUCUUCAGUCUCCUCCUCUCUGUGUUCCGGUCGAAGUACCAGGGCUAUCCUUACAGCUUCCUGUUCAAGUGAGAUCAAGUCGUCCGUCUGAGGUUGCCUUCUAGCUGGAGCAGUAAUAUGGGGAAAUAAAUCAACAGCAUGUCAGCUUGAGUGGUUGUGUGAGUGUGUGUGUAUGUGAGUGUAUGUAUGUUAUAUCUGAGGGAAGGUGUAUUUCUUGGAAACAUGGGUUAUUGAUCAGCUAUCACUGACCAUGCAUUAUGUUGUGAUGACCACAAAUCAGUUAUAUAAUUUUCCUUCUGGCUUGUCCUUGUCCAGGACUGCUACCUUGAUGGCUGUUUGCCUCCACAUCACCUUAAAGAUGCCUUUUCCAGAAUCAUGUGGGCAUUUAUCCAUGAAAUUUAAGUCUUUGUUUAAAGCUUUAAAGUAAAAAGUUGGAUUUUAAUCCAUUAUGAAUAUUAAAUAGUUUCUUAUGGUCAAGAAAUGAUUGUUUUGUAUGAUUUCCUCUUCAAAG